AUGAAUCGGCAGCCCGGGGGAGAGCGGAAGAGGAAGGGCCGCACCCCCGGCGGGCAGGCCUUAGGGAAAUGCUCCCGGGUCCGGGUGGGCCAGAAAACCCCAAGACGGAGGGAGCUGCAGGCCGAGGACCCAGCCAGCGUACUGCAGCACCUCGAGGAGGAGUUCGCGGCGGGCGAGAGGCUCGCAGACGAGCAGACGUGGUGCAUGCCGGUGCCGCGCGCGAGGCAGGUGCGAACGGUGCAGAGGUUCUACCGGGCGUUCCACGACGCCGGCACGCUACCGGUCUUGACCUGCAAGGUAUGUUACCGGAAGCGGUCAAGAGAGGAGCUAAGGGAAAUGGCGUGGGAGAGGUGGCCAUGGCGGAGCCCCGUCACGGAGGGCGGCCGGUCUCUAUUCGCGUGCCGAAGCUGCUUCCCCGAGGGCCGGGCGGUGCCGGUAUGCGCAGAGUGCGCGCGGUGCCUCGGGCGUGAGAGGGCUUCGCCUGGCAUGCACCUCCACGGCCGGCUCGGCUGCGAGCACGCGUACCCCGACGAGCUCAAGGGCCUCACGCCGGUCGAGGAGAAGCUGAUCUCGCUCAACUCGUGCUACGGCUUCGUGACGAGGUAUAGCAUCCCCGGCGGGCAGAGGCAGAGCGUGAGGUAUCCGAGGCACGUCAAGGGCCAUAUCACGGUAUUCCCGAAUGACGUGCAGGGGCUGGUGACCAAGGUGCUCCCGCACCCGCUAGUCCGGGUUAUGGACGAGAUCCAUGUCUCGUGGCAGGGGGCCGAGAAGCCGGGGCCACGCGACCUGUCGGGCCUCCUGUCGGUAAGGCGGCGGGCGGUCGAGAGGGCGCUCGUCUGGCUUAAGGAGAACAACCCGCUCUACGGCGAGGUCGAGAUCGACGUGGCGGAGAUGGAGAGCUGGGGCGCCGCCGCACGGGGUGCCGUGGUGCCGCCGACGGAGCGGGCCAUGGACGACGAGGGCGCGGUCGAGAUCGAGGAGAUCCUCGUCAUGUUAAGCCAGGGGCGGGAUCCCGCGGAGAGGAGUCGCGACGUCAGGCCCACGUGCGACGACGAAGAGGACGGCGCUAGGCCCGAAGAGGGCGGGAAGGUGGCGGACGCCGAGAAGAUUCGCUUCGCCCGCGACGCCGUCGGGCCCGACGGAGCGCGCGCCCGCGCAGGCCCGAGGACGUGGGUGGGGACGGCGGCCGGAGGGGCGGCGCGCGGCGGCGAUGGCGACAAGUACGAGCCCUAUAUCCAGGUACGGCGCGGCAACGAGUUCGCCGACUCGGCGGACGCCUCCUUCUUCGCCAAGACCUUCCCGACGCUAUUUCCCUUUGGCGUGGGGGGGCCGAGGCUCGCCGACGAGGCCGCUACCCGUGGAAGCGAGACUACCGGGUGGCGGGGCCGGGCUGCCGAGGCGGAGCGGGUCGCGGAGGGCCUCACGUCGACCCGGAACAUGAACCUCCAAGCAUGGGCCGACGUCGUGCUACGGCGCCACGGCGGCCGGAACCGCCAGGCCAGUAUGCUAGGCGUAACGAGGAAGAACUUCGCAAAGGUCGAGGGUCUACUAAAGUCGUUAACGACGCAGAGGCUCGAGGCGGCGAGGGUCGAGCUCGAGGCCACGGGCAAGACCGGCGACGACGGGGUAAAGGAGCUCCUCCGGUCCCUAUCGGUGUUUGGCCACCGGCAGCCGAUGUCGAGGGAGAGCCGCCUAAGUAUGCGGAAGAAGAUACUAUCUCUCAUCGUCAGAUACGGGGUGCCGGCCAUUUGGUUCACGCUAAACCCGAACGAUAUUACGAACCCGGUAAAGCUACGGCUGGCGGCGUACCGCGCCCGCGACCCCGAAGCGGCCGAGGCCUUCCUAAGAGAGCUAGGGACUGCGUAUAAGCGGGUGCGGCUGGCGAUAGCGGACCCGAUGAGCGCGGCCGUCUUCUUUCACCGGGAGAUAAAGCUCUUCUUCGAGCAUUACGUCGACGUCGGGGACGAGUCGGUGUUCGGGCACGUCGGGGCGUACUACGGGGCGGUAGAGACGAACGAACGAGGUGCUCUCCACCUCCACGGGCUUCUCUGGCUAAAGGGCAAUGCGCGCCUCGGCGAGGCGCUGGCCGGCGCCGGCGGCGAGGAGCAGGCAGCGUACCGGGAGCGAAUAAUCCGCUACGUAGACAGCGUCUUCUCCGAGGAGCUAGACGCAGAAGGGCACCACGCUGUGCAGGCGGAGCGGUCGAUCACGGCGCACAUGUCGUCGUGGCUUGACGACGUCGAGCGCUUAACGGACGCGUUCGACGAGGAGGCCAACUUCUGCGCCGGCGCGACGCAGGUCCACACGCAUAGCGCGACCUGCGUCAAGUACUCGCUCGCGGGGGCCGGUCGUAAGGGCGACCUCUGCCGUUUUAAGGCGCCCUGGAGGCUAGUAGAGAGGACGGCGCUCACGGCGGACGGCGUGCUGGAGAUCCGGCGGACACAUAGCAUGGUGAACCGGUGGAACAAGGCGAUGGCGGUAGGGCUGCGGCACAACCACGACAUCUCGUUCAUCGCGACGCAGCGCAAGACCAUGGCCCUGAUCUACUACAUCACCAACUAUGCGACUAAGGUCGAGGUGAUCGCCGACCUCCUGGGGUAUCCCGCGGAGUUUUGCAGCGGCGCGGCGUGGGCGUACGUGAACACGAACCAGCUCUACUGGGCCGUCUUCCGCCAGUGGCGGCACCUCCGACUGGCGAGCGGGGUAGAGGCGACGGCGAGCGACGCGCCGGACGAGACGGUCGUCGUCGAGGAGGCGGGGCCGAGGAUCUCCUUCAUCGAGGCCUACCGGCAUAGAGGCGGGCUCCUACAGGGCCUCUGUCUCUACGACUACGCGUCGCUCUGCUCAGACGGCCGGGUAAGGGCGAGCGUACGCCUAGACGGGUACCUCAGUAAGGAGUUCGGCGAGGAAGACGAGGAGUCAUGUCAUCGGAGGGCGGCGGUGCAGCAUCUAGCGCUGUUCGUGCCGUGGGAGGCAUUCGUCUGCGAGGAGACGGGCGACAUCAACGACAUCUGGGCGCGGGAGCGGGCGGCGCUGGCGCCGAGGAUCGCGCGGCUCGCGGACAACGUACAGCUGCUCCGGCGGUCGGCGGAGGACGCCAAGCGCGACGCCAGGCAAUGGGCCGCUACGACCGAGGAGGCGGCCGAGGGGGGCGGGCAGGUGUACCGCGCCGGCGGCGCAGGCGACGCGGCGCGGCUCAUCGACGUUGUCCGGAACGCCGCCGGCGCGGGCCAGGUAACGGCGCGGUCGGCGGAGCUGCUGGCGAUGACGCAGCAGCUCUGCCGGUUUCAGCAGUCGGCGCUCUCGUCGGCGGCCGAGCUCGAUGCGACGGUGGUGGCGGGUGAGGCGGGGCCGAGGCGGGUAAUCCUCGCGGGGUCGACCCUCUCCGGGGCGGCGCUGCCGCGGCAAGAGCAGGUAAGAGCCAUCAAGUCGCAGCAGAGGAGCGCCGCGCGGGAGCGGGAGCGGGCGAUCCAAGGAAUCCAGGGCGGCGCGGCGGCGUCGGCGCCCGGGGCCGACCGAGGUGCGGCGCUACGCGGGGUGAUGGGCGGCUUCGGCGAGGACGACGUCGAGGUGACGGCAGCGGACGCCGACGCGGGGAUGCGUGUGCGGCUCGGCCCGUCGAGCUCGUUUGUCGCCGCCGGCAGGGAGCUAGCGGGCCGGCUAACGCUUAACGAGAAGCAGUCGAUCGCCCUCCUCAUCAUAUGCCGCCAGCUCGAUCAGGCCCGGCAGGGCGGCGACGCCGGCGACAGCGGCGACGCCGGCCAGCUCUGUCUAUUCGUCGGCGGCGAGGGCGGUACCGGCAAGUCGCGCGUCAUUGAGGCGCUCGUCGAGCUGUUCGCCCAGAGGACCUAUCGAGCCAGCUACUAA